GACACUUUACGUUCACUUUUCUAUAAGCGAAAAUUGAUUGGUCACUUUGCUGUGAUUGCCUUACUUUGAUUGGUUAGCACGCUUCCUGAUACAACGUCGCUUCACCCUCGUCGUUGUAGCACAGCUUGCUAAAUGAAACUGAAAACAUUGCCAUUGAGGCAACAAACUCGAUUGAUUGACAAACCAAUCCCAGAGGGUCAAGUGUACAGAAGCAGCACAGCAGAUUACUGUUUAACGUUCAUCUGUGUCGGUGUCAACAGUCUGAGGGCUACCUACCUUAUCUAAGGAACAUUAGAGAUUGACUGAGACAACAGUAAGGUUUGACCACAGGGGUCAGAAGGGCUGAAGAUGGCAGGGUUCCUGGACAACUUCCGCAUGCCGGAGUGUGAGUGCAUUGACUGGGGGGAGAGGAGAAAUACCCUUGCAUCCAUCGUCGCCGGAGUCCUGUUCUUUACUGGUUGGUGGAUCAUGAUAGAUGCAGCUGUGUCCUACACAACCCAGGAGAUGAACCCUGCCUUCCACACGUGUGGAGUCUUCGCCACUGUAGCCUUCUUCAUGAUCAAUGCAGUGUCUAAUGGCCAGGUGCGAGGUGAUACCUAUGGAGAGGGCUGCUUCGGCAGGACCGGAGCUCGUCUUUGGCUGUUCAUCGGUUUCUUGAUGAUGUUCGGCUCCCUCAUCGCUUCCAUCUGGAUCCUGUUCGGAGGAUAUGUGGUUCCCAAGAAAGACGUGUAUCCAGGACUGGCAGUGUUCUUUCAGAAUGCUUUGAUAUUUUUCAGCACGUUGAUCUACAAGUUUGGACGAACCGAGGAUUUGUGGGCUUAGAGCUCUCUGCAUAGUACAUCCCUAACCCCAUCUCCCCAACACACACACACUCACUCACUGGGGUACUAUUGUUGUUUUUUUACCAGAGUCAAGGCCAACUGACUAACACUACUCAGCUCUCAUCUACAAUGUUCUACAUAUUGGCAUAUGUAUUACCAUUAUACGCCUACCUAUGGACAUUGGAGUAAUGUACUGUGUCAAACUAGCCUCUGCCGAGUAUCUAUUUGUUUUCCUCCGCUUAUCAUCCCAUAACUGGGCCCUGAAGUUCAGCCGUAUUCACAUACUUGACAUUAGAUUUAUACUUUUGACUAAAACAGUUUUACAGUGUCAUAACACUAUGUUGAUAGACGGUGGGAAAAUUCACACUUUGUCAAAUGUAAUCAUGACAUUUCUUUAUUUAUGUAAAUACGUAUAUUGUAAGAGCGAGAGGCCUUCACCAUCCAAAAAGUUUGAACCUGGGGAUUUUCUACCCAGACCGGAUAUGCAUAAAUAUUUUUUUAAUAUAGAGACCCGUUCCGUAUAGACCAUCAAUCCAGACCCGGUCUGAUCCGAGUGAGGGAAGCAGCAGAAAAGGCUACUUUAUUAACUGGAGCUGAUAAAGCGUGAGGAAGAGAUAGGUGCCACUCUAGCAGGGGCCGUGCCUGCUGUGUGUUCGUGGCUACUGUGAGUGAGCGAGUGAUGAGGUGGAGGAGCGAGAGAGAGAGACUACAGACCGCAACCAACCAAGCCACCUCUCGCUAUAGUAGACUAAUAGCUGGUAUAUCUAGGUUAUUUAUCAUCAAAUAUGAUUACGUAGUACCUGUCUUGACUGCAUCAAACCGGCCAAUUGAGGCUGCGGCCACACGGAGGCUCUAUGACUGUAGCCUAUUGCCGCAUUGAUGACUUCUGAUUGGCCAACAACAACAAGCUUCACGUGCCAAUAUUAUGAAAAGCAAGAGCAGCAGCAUAAAUUAUACAAUUUCUAAUUUUCUCUCUCCUGCAGCAGUCUCGUUCGGAUCGGUACGGGUCCCACCGGUCAAGUCACUUAAAAUUGACACAUGCCCAUGACCAUUAGAUUCGACUAAGACCCGUGAUAUUUAGAAUUCUGGAUGGUCCAGGGAACGGGUGUCUGGUAUUUGGGUACAGGUGGAGACCUCUAAGAGCACAUGUUAUCACUGGGAACAAAGUUUUUUGAUUGAUCUGCUCUAAAUUCUAUUUUAGCAAGCUGUUAUCUAUCACUUUUAUCACAUGCACUGGAUUAUAUCAAAGCGUUUAUGGGAAGCCAUAUAUAUUUUAAGCAAAGCAUUUAUGGGAAAUUUGUCUGCUUCAAACUACGAUCAGUUCCUGUUUGUUUUAAAUGGGCGAGCUGUCGUUCUGUCUCAGGAUUUGUCAUUUUUGAAGUCUGUUUUUUUUUUUUGAGGUCCGAAGCAUUUUUUUCUAUUGUCGUUCCAUUCAGAAAGUGACAAAAUAUCUUUAUAUGAACAAAGGUAACCUUGUAACGGUCGUCGUUAUCAUAGCAAAGUUCCCUUCGCCCAUUUAAACAAUGUUUCUGUUUUCUACAUAUCGAGUUCCCAUCCAAAAUAGCACUAGUUUAGGUACAGUGAGAUCCUGCAUCUGAAUCCAAUACUAUUAUGUAUACUACACUACUACCCCACAGAUUGUGCUAUAGCGGGCCUACCCUGCAUCUUAAAAAUGCUUAAGUAGAUAAAGAAGGGGUAUGAGCAUGAUGUCACAAUAGCAAUUUGCAUCAGCCAGCCCAAAGCAUGCUGGGGCGUAUCAGCUCCGUAAUAACCAUUUACGCCAAUAUUCAAGCCAAUAGCUGAAGAAAAGGGUCAAGCAUGUAUGGUAGUAGACAGGUGGCUCCUUUUUCUAGUGUUGCUAUCGACUACUUCAUCCCUUUUGUGUGAUAGCUGUUCCAUUUAGCAGCCAUGUGAGAAAGACUGCCCUGGUUCUCACCCUCUUCACCUGUUUAAAAAAAUACAUGUCAAUCUGAAGCACCAGGGCUGUGCUAGCUAUGUAUUUUUAGGAAGGGAACAAAUUUGGAAGGCAUUAUUAUAAGGAUUUGGCGUCAGGUCAGUGUUGAGCUAGAGGUGGAUGAAUAUGGCUGAUCAAGGUCCGUAAACUGGAGCUCGGUAGCUGGAGAUAAUGUUUUUGUCUGGUGGUGAGUAGUUGACCAGAUACGGGCUGAACUCAACUUCCUCUAGCUGGAAAUGUAGGUGUGAAAUCCUUAUGGGAAAAGUAUUUUUGAGUAGCAUUGACAGAUGCAGCGUGAUUGGUUGGUUCUUGACUUCCAAGAGAAGUAAACACAGAUGACUUUUGACUUAUCUGAAAUUUUCAUGUCGUCUGCUAAGCAUCCAAUGCUAAUGACAUGAAUCUGUCGAUCUGGAUGUGAAUGAGCUACAACCAGUGAAUGAGAGGUCAUUAUGAAGUGUUUCAAUGGGUUAUAUAUAUGCUAUUAUACCCCCCAAAAAUAACCACUUUCAAUUUGUGAAAAGGGGAAGUGUUACGGGGUACUGAUUCAUCAAGCGUUUUGUAGUAGUUCUGUCCUUGAUCAUUGACUUCCUCUGUUCAAAUCUAACGACAGACGUGGAGUAAAUGGUCACAUAAUCUGCUUCAAUAAAAAAAAUAUUUUAAAUGUAAA